UUCCGCGGUCACACUGACAGCCACGCUAUAGUGAAAAAAUCGAAAAAAUUGUAUUUUAAUCUUGAAAUAAACUGAAAUAAAAGUUCGUAAGUGGUUUUACGACUUGCGCUGCGCAUCUCCCCAACAUUUUGAUUUCUUCAAACGUGCUAGACACCGACCAGGAGACUUUUUCACGACGACCACCCCGCGCCAGCAGCGGAAGAGAAAAAAAUUGAACAUGGCCGAGGACUUUGAUGUUGAGGCAAUGCUUGAGGCGCCGUACCAGAAAAACAGUGUCAGUGCGGGCAGCGGUGGACGUGGAGGACGCGGUCGCAGCAAUGGCAGUGAUGGCAGUCCCAGCGGCGGUGGUGGUGCGCAGGCGGAGAUCAACGAUGGUCAUGCACACAAUGGAACACGUAACGGCAGUGGCAGUGGCGGAGGCGCAAGUUCAAACAAAAAGCCCACGAAACGAUCGCGCAGUCGCAGCGAUUCGCGUGAUAACAAAUCCAGAAGAGAGCGCAGUGAUCGUGGAGGCGGUGGAGAUCGUAGCGGUGGCGGUGACCGCAACAGCUAUCGCGACAAGGAGAAAGAUAGAGAGCGCGAUCGUCAUCGUGAUGCUGGUCCUGGCAAACGUCCCGGCAACGAGCGGGAACGGGAGAAGCCGGAAAGAUCACGUCGCAGUCGAUCAAAAGAAGAGCGUGGAGGAGCAGGAGGUGGUGCUGGCGUCGAUGAUCGUCGUGUACGCUAUGGCGAUCGUGGUGAGAGAGAUCGCCGCUCUCGCGAUCGUCGUGACGGCAGCAAGCCGUCCGUACAACGCGAUCGAUCCAGGGACAAGCGUCGACGAAGUCGCUCUCGUGAACAGCCUCGCAAACGAUUGAGUCCGGUGCGUGAACGCAAGCGUAGUCCUUCGCGACCAAGAGAUAAAACCAGCAGUCGCCGUCGUAGCAGCUACUCGCCUCGUCGGCGAUCACAACCAAAUGGCGGCGGCGCUGGCGGUGGUGGCGAUCGUACGCCUCCCACAGAGCUGAGUCCCGAGGAGCGGGAUGCUCGAACUGUGUUCUGCAUUCAGCUAUCGCAACGUGUCCGGGCUCGCGAUCUGGAAGAGUUCUUCUCCAGCGUGGGCAAAGUGCGCGAUGUGCGUCUGAUUACGUGCAACAAGACGAAACGCUUCAAGGGCAUUGCCUACAUCGAGUUUGAGGAUCCCGAAUCGGUGGCCCUGGCUCUGGGCCUGUCCGGCCAGCGGCUGCUCGGCGUGCCCAUCAUGGUACAGCACACGCAGGCCGAGAAGAAUCGCCUACAGAAUGCAACGCCUGCAUUCCAGCCCAAGAGCCACGUGGGUCCCAUGCGCCUGUAUGUGGGGUCGCUCCACUUUGACAUUACCGAGGAAAUGCUAAGGGGGAUAUUCGAACCAUUUGGCAAGAUCGAUGCCAUUCAACUCAUUAUGGACACGGAGACUAAUCGCUCUAAGGGCUACGGAUUUAUUACGUACCACAAUGCUGAAGAUGCCAAAAAGGCUUUGGAGCAAUUGAAUGGCUUCGAGCUCGCUGGACGUCCCAUGAAAGUGGGAAAUGUGACGGAGCGUUUGGAUAUGAAUACCACCUCGCUGGACACGGAUGAGAUGGAUCGCACUGGUAUUGAUCUCGGCGCCACAGGGCGAUUGCAGUUGAUGUUCAAGCUGGCGGAGGGAGCGGGUCUUGCCGUGCCACAGGCGGCGGCCAAUGCUCUGUUGGCCACAGCACCGCAACCGGCGCCGGUUCAGCAGCAACAGGCGACACCAUCGAUAGCCACACAGUGCUUCAUACUGUCGAAUAUGUUUGAUGCACGCACGGAGACGAAUCCCACAUGGGACGUGGAGAUACGCGACGAUGUGCUGGAGGAGUGCGCCAAGCAUGGCGGAGUGCUGCACAUCCAUGUGGACACGGCCUCGCCCACGGGCACCGUAUACGUAAAGUGUCCGAGCACAACGACGGCGGUACUGGCGGUGAAUGCGCUGCAUGGCCGAUGGUUUGCCGGACGCGUCAUUACGGCGGCAUAUGUACCCGUGGUCAACUAUCACUCAAUGUUUCCGGACUCUGUGGGCACCUCCGAUUUAGUGGCCCUGACGCGCAAGAGCACCGACGAUGAUUGAUGGGAAGAAUAGGAGGAAGAUGUAGAGUGUUUUUUCUUCGAUGUGGAUGCAACUCGCAGUAAUAUUGUUCUUAUUCGUUACAAAAAUCAUAUUUGAUCAGAAUAUUUUCAAUUAUUUUAAAAGACUUUUCGACGCAAGCUGAAAACUAGGGUGCACAUAUUAAAAUACAUUUAAAUACACCCAUAAAUAUAUUUAAAAACGUAUAAA